AUGCCACCAUCAGCGGGCGAAGAGCGCCUUGUGACUGUUUUUGCAGAUAUCCACUACUACUUUACAGAGCCAACCCGAAGACCUUCACCAUAUCAUCACCGUUUUGAUAAAGGCUCCUAUGUUUAUAUUUACCAUGACGCCUUUCAGAAUAAGGCCCGCAUUGAAAUUGCCAAUAAUCCUGGAUCUCCAGAGCAGGAUGCAUUCUGUGGAGGCUUGAGCAAUGUUCAUAUACGGCACUCUGCUCAAUUUCCGACACUAUGUACAUUAACGGUUGAUGCACACACGGCCUCGCCCCAACAUCAAUAUGCCCAUGAUACCCCUCAACAUGAGUGGCGUCUGCCUAGCGGCGACCCACGCGAUGACCCCAACGAAGUCCGCAAUUUCCCUCGCUUGCAUACAUUGGAUAUCUACUUCUGGACGCAAGAAGAUGCAACCGACUUUCUGGACACUACCGUCCGGCUUCUAUCCAGUGCCCAGGUCGAGACAGACCGAGAGCCAGCUCCGCAACAACAGGAAACAAUGAGCUCCGUAGUACAGCAACUGGAGACAGUUGCAGUCUCCGACCCUGCUUACCAGAAUGGUCAAACACGCAACUCACGAUCUGAGCCCACAAGCACAGCGGCACCAGUGCCACAGGCGCCCCCACCAACCAGCAGCUUCCCCCCCCCCCUCCAAGCGGACCUCCAGUUGACCAAAGAUUAA